AGCGGUGGGCGGAGACUGGAGCCCGAGUCUGGGGUCCGCGGCGGCACUUGGGGGCCGUGGCUGCGCGCGCUCAGAGCCCAUGCUUUGAAUCACUACAAUGUCCCCACCUUGCCAGAGCUCUCUAGUGUGCACCUACUGUGUGCAGAGCUCUGUGCAUGCAUUGCCCGUGUCCCUCGUGACACUGUGAGGGUGUUUGCAGCAGGCAUGUCAGAAGAUGAAGCUGCUCAGCCCCACAGAACAAGCUUGUGGGAACAGAAUCACCAGAACGUGGUGCAGCGCGUGGUGGCCCUGCCGCUGGUCAGGACCACGUGCACCGCUGUCCUCGAUGCUUACAGUGCGGCUAAGGACAGGCACCCGCUGCUGGGCUCCGCCUGCCGCCUGGCUGAGCACUGCGUGUGCGGCCUGACCACCCGCGCCCUGGACCACGCCCAGCCGCUGCUCAGCCACCUGCAGCCCCAGCUGGCCACAGUGAACAAUCUCGCCUGCAGGGGCCUGGACAGGCUGGAGGAGAAGCUGCCUUUUCUCCAGCAACCUUCGGACACGGUGGUGACCUCGGCCAAGGAUACGGUGGCCAGUGGUGUGACGGGCGUGGUGGGCCUGGCCGGCCAGAGCCACCGCUGGAGCGUGGACCUAAAGCGCUCCAUGAGCCACGCUGUGGACGUCGUGCUGGGCAAGUCAGAGGAGCUGGUGGACCACUUCCUGCCCAUGACCGAGGACGAGCUCGCGGCCCUGGCAGCCGAGGCUGAGGGCCCGGAAGUGGGCUCCGUGGAAGAGCAGAGGAGACAUCAGGGCUACUUUGUGCGUCUGGGCUCCCUGUCAGCGCGGCUCCACCACCUGGCGUAUGAACACUCCCUGGGGAAACUGAGGCAGAAGAAACACCACGCCCAGGACACACUGGCCAAGCUGCAGGAGACGCUGGAGCUGAUCAACCUCAUGCAGUGCGGGGCGACACCCACUGCCUCGACCCGCCCUGGGAAGGUGCACGAGCUUUGGGAGGACUGGAGCCAGCACUCCCCAGAGAAUGGCCGCCGGCGCCGCAGCCAGGCAGAGCUGGAGACGCUGGUGCUGUCCCGCACUCUGAUGCGGGAGCUGCAGAGCACAGUGGACGCGCUGGAGACCAGCGUGCGGGGCCUGCCCCCGGGCGCCCAGGAGAAGGUGGCCGAGGUGCGGCGCAGUGUGGACGCCCUGCAGUCCGCCUUCGCCGAUGCCCGCUGCUUCGGGGAUGUGCCGGCCGCCGCCCUGGCCGAGGGCCAGGGCAGUGUGGCCCGGGCCCACGCUUGUGUGGACGAGCUGCUGGAGCUGGUGGUGCAGGCCGUGCCGCUCCCCUGGCUGGUGGGGCCCUUCGCGCCCAUCCUCGUGGAGCGGCCUGCGCCCCCGCCGGACCUGGAGGAUCUGGUGGACGAGGUCGUGGGGGGCCCUGACCCCCGCUGGGCUCACCUGGACUGGCCGGCCCAGCAGAGAGCCUGGGAGGCCCAGCACGGGGACGGGCCGGCCCCCGCAGAGGACAUUCCCAAGGAGGAACCCACACCCCCGAGCCGCCCCAAGCACACCCUGAUGCCAGAGCUGGACUUCUGACCAGAUAGGGCCGAGGGGCGGCAAGCAGGAGGCCGCCCGUAUCCCGAGAUCCCUGCUGCCCCCUAGUGGCCAUGCCUCUGCACUAACAGCCCGUGCUGCGGCCUUGGCCCAGGGGCAGGGUUGGGGUGGGGGGCUGA